CAGAAGAGCUUAGUAGGCUCGGCUUUGAUAUUAUCAUUUUAUACAAUUUCGAUAUUGUUGCCGUGGAUCGGAGUCGCCGCGCUCGCGCACUAGAUUAAGCACAAUGACGAGCUCGUCCGACAGGCUGCCCAUCUUUCCAUCGCGGGCCAACUUGGUCAUCAUGCAGCAGCGUGUGCUGGCGGCCAAGCGUGGCAUGGGCCUGCUCAAGCGCAAACGUGAUGCCAUCGAUCUGAAGCUGCGCGAUCUCAAUCGUCUAAUGGACGAGCGCGAGGAGACGGUGGACAACAAAAUACGUUUGGCCAUUUUCUCGCUGGCCAAGGCCAAUCUGCUGGGCACCGACUUCAAGCCGAUGAUUGUGUCCGAGAGCAAACCAGGCAGCGCCUACAUGCGGCGGCGGCAUCAGAAGAUUGUGGGCGUGUCCAUUAACUCGUUUGAGCUCGAGGUGCAUCACCCGGGCGGCUUUCCCUUGGCCGGGCUCAGCUGUGGCGGCGCCCAGGUGCAGAAGGUGCGCGGCUCCUUUGAGGAGGCGCUGCGCGAGAUUGUCGAAGUCGCCUCCAUGGAGUACAUGCUGCGCAUGCUGGUGAUUGCCUCGCGCCAGACGAACAUGCGCGUCAAUGCGCUGGACCACGUGGUCAUUCCGCGCCUGGUCAAGACACAGAAGUACAUCAGCGGCGAGCUGGAGGAGCUGGAGCGCGAGGACUUCUAUCGCUUGAAGCGCUCGCAGGCCAAGCAGCUGGAGGCCAAAAUCGCCUUCUCCGAGCUGAUCAAGACGCGCAACAUGACCGAGGAGGAGCUCAACGAUUACCUGCGACGCGGUGCAUUUCUUCAUCCCGUCGCUGAUGUCCUCUUCGACGAGGAAGAGUUCAACGCAGAGUCGGUGGAGGGCCGCAGGCGCCAAGUGCGCAUUCAUUCGCCAGUUGAGAUUGCAGAGGAAAGAAAGGAGUUCAGCUUAUCGCGACCCAGCAGACGCUUGUCCAUCAAGCAUAGCCUCACCCACAGAGAUUCCCGCCACGAUUCCUACUUGCCGGCGGCCAGCUCCUCGGGCAUGCAACUCUUCUUGCAACGCGGUGCACAGCGUGAUCCCCGCUCCAGUCGUGCCAAUCUGCUUGCCCCACCACAUUGGCGUCAUAGGAAUACCUCCUCCUCCUCAGAGGAGGAAGACACUGAUCCAGCAACGACCAAACCAAAUUAAGUUUCAAAUCCACUCAAACCAAACAAAAUUUUAUGUAUGAUUGAGAAUCAAUAAUAAAUAUA